UUGUUUUGUUUUGAGCAAAGCUUUUUACUCACGCGCUUGUUUUGUGAAAGCGGAAAUUCGGACUAUCGGUCUGUGCGUGCUGCAUGUAAACAUUGCUGGCUCCCCUUUCGACGAUUUCCACCCGAAAUGGUUCUGGGACAUGUACUCGCGGCAACGGGUGCCUUCGGUAUCGUCGCCCUCAUCACCAUCGGCAUACUCGCGUUCGUCAAUCAGCAGCGCCUCGAGGAUCCGUACAGCCAAUCGUCCCGUCGUAAUCGUCGCUACGAGUGGAAUGGAUACGAUCCGAUGGACGACAGCGUACCUUGCUCAAUCUGUCAGGACCGGAUCAGAGACGCGGAAAAGUUCACACUCGCGUGCAAGCAUUCCUUCCACACCUCCUGCAUCGCAAAAUGGUUGCAGACGAAGAACGAAUGCCCGAACUGUCGGAAGGCCAUUUAAUACCUUAUGUUUCCAACGCUCAGCCUCCUGUAGUUCGAUUGUUCUUUGCCCUUUUGUCAUAUCAUUUCCCAACUGAGUGCUUUACUAACAUAAGAAGUUUGAUACUCUAAAUUAGGUCUUAAGGAAAUAAUUGGAGAAGGCAGAAUUGAAACUCCAGUACCAUGGUCGCCCUGCGAGGCGCUGGGUAUCGAACGUGAUAUAAAAAGCAAACGAUAUGUCGUAGAAACAAAUGCAACAUACUGCAAAGCUUCGAAACUAUAUGCUUUCGUCCUGGCGAAUCUGAACCAUCCGCGUGUCGUAAGCAGAGUACGAUGAAAGUGCUCCGUUGGGAAGCGCGACUUAUAGAUAUUGACUUCCGUUUGUCUCGCAAUAAAGAACCUUUGAAGGUGUUGCUUAGCGUUAGAUAACAACCUAGAACCCUAGUGUGAGCGAAUUGGGGAAAGUGCUGUUGCAAUUUCAUUCCAGUUCUAGAUGCUUUGACAAAUACUGUAGUUAGGAAUUGAUCAUAGUAUGUAACUAAUAAAGAAUGCGUCACAAGCGUUUUUUUACU